CCUCCCGAGCCUCCCACCCAGUUGAUAAGUGAAGUCUGAAAAAAAAAAAGAAAAGUCAAAAAUCUCAGCCUCAUACAUCAGCCUCACACACUUUGUCGGUACUUGAUACGACAUCGUGGCAGUGCAAAGCUGCAAGUCAAUCUUGUGGUUGGGAUUUCUUGGUGACCCGCCAACAGAUGAUCAGAUCGACCUAAAAACCAAAUAAAUUAUUUGCUUGGAAUAGCAUAAGGAGUCCAAGAAUCAAGGAUUUCAAUAUAAAAGUCUCAUCUGGCUAUUUACUCUCUAUCUUAAUAUACCUGGGUAGCCCCAAGCAACAUGUGGAUCAAGUAUAUGAUGUCGUGGCAAUCAUUAUCACCGCUACAUCUUUGAUAACUUUCUCAAUCUUUAUAAGUUUCUGCGAUUCCUUGUUACACCAACCAGCUCUUUUUUCAUCCCAUCAGCAGCAUAUCAGCCUCCCUUAUUCGCCAUAUGAGACCCCAGUUCCAGAUACCCACCAUCUUUCCCUGACAUAUCUGGGGUACAUUUUCUGCUGCCCAAUAUCACAGUGAUAUAGCAAAAAGCUUAAUAAAUCGAAAACCUACAAAACAAAAUUCUCUUCCAAAAGGCUGAGCUUCUUCCACCCGCUUCUUGUCAAUAAUCCCAAGGUUUAAUCUGCCGAAUUUGUUGCUUUGCCUUCCUGUGUGUGAUUCACUCCAGGGGAACGAGAGUGUAAAAAGAAGAGCUCCCCUUCUCUCUUUUUGUCAGUCCAGUGCCAUCGUAUACCUCAAAUCGCCGGCGAAAUAUGUCUCCGCAAGAUUUCGUUGAAGCAAACUCGCUUUCUGGUCUGAUCCAGCUUGCUGGAAACCCUCCGAAGUAUCCACGAAAUCCAACCGAGCAGAGAAAGGCCAAUCUAGUUCUCUAUAUCGCUAGAGUACCUGGUAGUAAUGAUAUCAUUCUUACAACCUUGAAACCACAACUCAAGAAUGUCACAUCCGAAGAUGUCGCAAACUCUUUAUACUACUUACAUCUGAAUUCGGAUGAGGACGCCCAACUCUUACCCGAAGAGCAGCUGGUCCCUUCCCGGGCACUUUCUAAAAAGAAUUUACCCCGCAAACCUCUACCCGAUGGCUCUAGGGCCCAGUCUUUGGAUAUUGAUAGGCAAAGUGUAUUAAACUUGGAGCGCCUACAACACCAAGCACCUGCGCUAGAUAUCCAAAAGGGUGAUACUUCGGGACAUGAUGACAUCGUGCCCCCGCGUGACAACGUUGCCAAUACGCCAAUGGUAGUAGAAGCAGGUAUUUCUCGGCGGGUCGUAGGUCAGCAUCCUUCUAUGGCGCGGUCAAAUACUGUCAACAGAAAGCCUCUCACGAAAAUAGUCCCUCAGAAUUCGUUAUUCACCCCAGAGUCUUCUCAGGCUGGUAGUCCUAUUCACAGUGAUCUGGAGACAUCACACCGGCCUCAAAGUAGCCAUACGAUGUUUGAAAGACCCAAACCAGUUGAUGAUUCUGCGAAGGCAUUUUCGAUAACUAUCAUUCGACGAGAUCCAACCUCGGGUGGCCAAUGGAAUGUCGGCAUAGUUGAAGGCAAAUCCAAUCCUCCCACUGUAGGGAUGACGGCAACUAAAAAACCCUACUAUGACAUUUCUGUACAUAUCACAACGCCAGGCUAUACCUAUUUCCGCAAUCAUACUCACCCGAUAGGCAACAACAAGCUCGGUGGUACAGCUCAAGCUCGGGAGUCACAAGGAGCUAGAUACCAACCCUCCGGAAAUGAAGUCCCCACAUCAGUGACGCAAAAGGCUGGGGUCUCCGGAUCUGGGUUUCACAGUCAAAUAUCAAUGGAAUGGGCUAGUUCAUGGAAUAAAACUUUUAAACAGCACAGAAGGGCAAUAUCUGAUUUGUCGAGAAAUCACAGCAGAAAUACCAGCGGUAGCUCGGAAGGUCCGCAGGAAUCUGAUCCAGAAAAUCGGUCCGCGGAUGGGACCGAAAAUUCUCGCGCCAAGGGUUACACAUUCUUAAGUCCUUGGGGAGGUACCUGCACUUUUUCCACUGGUGGCGCUGGCCGGUCCUUACGUUGUCUACACAAGCUACCAGCCCCAGUAUCCGCAGAUUCCACUGCCUCUUCGUCAAGCUCUGUGACUGUGAGCGAACUUCGCUUCAAUUUACCAAGUUCAGAUUUAUUCGAUAGAGAGAAGAUGGACUUGGCUGCAGCUCAAGUCAAGAGUGGGUCGACUAAACUUACACGAAAACUAGGAAGUUUCCGUAAAAGGCUAUCUAAGCCUAGCCCUCACCAUCCAUCUGAAACUCAGCCGCAUCAAACGUCUCAUGCUAUUCCAUACGCAAGUGAUGGGACAGAUCUUUCCCAUCUGCCACCUAGACCUUCCUCAAUUAGCUCGUCAUUUGAAGAAGACUCUCCGCCCUUAACACAAAGAUUAAAUAACUUCUUGGACGAGCUGACAACCUCGAACGAUAAUGACGAUCGGCUGGACCUUAGUAUUGGACAAGAAAAAGCCGGUGGUGGGAAUAGAGGCAAACGUGCAAAACUUGGGAAACUCAUCAUCCAUGAUGAGGGCUUGAAGAUGUUAGAUCUGAUCAUAGCGGCUAACAUUGGCGUUUGGUGGACCGUUUGGAAUCCAAACUAG